AGCUCAUGAGGGUUUGAUCAAGAUGGGAGUGAAAGACGUGGGAAGCAUCGCCUUACUGCUCCUUGCUGUGGUUGCAGUCUUGGCGCUCGUCCGUCCACGUCCCUCCAAGCCAUCGGUCCUCUUCUUCCCCUCGUCAUCUUUCCAUCACGAGCAUCUUCGUAAGCAAGUCCAACAAGCUCUGCGGGACGGCAGACGUCGACAAGCAGCACUUGAGGAGGCCGACAGAUCGCAUGUGCUCGAACAUGCGCUGCAGGGCGAGGAGAACUCGCUAGGAGCCGAGGGGCUUGACCUCGCUGACUACCAUGAAGCGAUUCAUGAUGCCGACCGGGGCAGCUUGAGGAGGAGAAGAAGCCUGGGUGGGAUCGGCACCUACCCGGGAGGUCAGAGCACUGGGGGAUCGUCGGAAUUUACUGAGGAGAACCUGAGGACGCAUCGUCCACUGACCGGGAAGGAAGAGAUCAUGGCAAGUGAGAUGCGACACAAGAUGUGGCAGGUGCUCGACGGGGGUUGCAAGUACGCCAACACUACAGAGGAGCUAGUUGAGUGCGUCUCCUCCGCUGCAUCCCUCGACCAGUCGGACCCUCUCGACCAGCAAGCUCUCAACAUCGCCAAGAGGCAGUGGCAUGCUCUACGACGUCCAGGAUCGGAGGAAGUCAGCGCUGACGACAAGGAGCCGUCGCUAGAAGACGUCAUCGCGUUCAAUUCACAGCCAGAGGAUCUCGAUGUUGCUCGUCGUCGCAUGCGCGGGCUGCAGAAUCAGCUGGACGGGAUCGUCAACCAUCGCAACUUUGACAGCGAGCAUCUCACCCAGGAGACUAACGACUUUUGGAUGGCACACACGCACAACCUCUGCUGUCGUGACUUCAUGGACACGGAGUGUUCGUCACCAUGUAGGUUCUAGAAGGGAAGGAAACAGGAUCAAACAGGAGCACGUUGAUAAUUUAAUUCAUUCCUUGCUUGUCUUUU